ACACAAUUGGGAAAAGUAAAUGUGCAUAGUAGUUAAUAAUAGAAUUCUAACUAAUAAAACUAUCCUACACCUUAAUGGCAUGCUUUCUCAUGGGAAAAUACAUAUCUCUCUUCUUCUCCCUUUUCGUCUUCAAUGAUAACAAACCAAAACAAAAGAAAAAAAAAUAGCAUAUUUAAAUAAGACUGAAUUAUUUCAUGAUAGGGAGCAUUCUAAUGAGUUAGAAGACAACCUAAUAACUCCCUUAGGUCAACCAUUGGAAAGGGCACAAACACAUAUGGCUGUUAAUCUAAAGAAACAAAAGAGGGUGCGAAGAAUAAAGCUUGAUUCUCAGUCCUUGCUCCAAGUCCACCGAUACAUUCUUUUUAAUACUCAUGAAGUCACUCCCUUCAUUAAGCAACCCAAGGAUUUUUUAAAGAAACAACAUCGCUCACCUCGCCUAUCACAGUAUGAGAUCGAAAGGUGUCAUUCCUUGACAUUUCAUGAAUGGUUUCGUGAUCUGGUUACAAGAUUGGGACAACAAGGUUAUGUUAUUUCUAAAAAAAUUAAGUGCCUUUCAAAAGGACCAAGUGAUGUUGCUCUGACCUAUUCUGGAUAUUUGGCUAGUAAAGUGUUUUACAUUGAGGAUGCAAGAGAAAAAGAUUGGCAAGUAGUCAAGCAUGUGAAGGUUAGAAGUGCCUUUGAUUUGGGAAAAGUGAUACCUACUAGAGAAUAUGAAGUUGGUGGAACAGACAUGGCAUCCACUUGGGUUAGGAGAGAUACCGAGGAAGAGGGGAUUAUUGUGACACCAGAUAUGGACGUUGAAAACUAUGAUGAUGAAGAAAUGGAUGAUUAAAUUUGAGUUUGUAGUACAAAGUGUAGUUAUUAGUUUCUCUAAUUUUUUUCUAUAUGUUAUUAUUUUGUGUAAUGAUGUUUAUUACUUGUAAAAGUAUAAUUUCUUGUGUUUUUCUAGUUUCUGUUGGAUUUUUGUUUUUGGGUUUUCAACAAGAGAAAGAAAGGAAUGAAGCUUCUUUCUCAGAUUUGGGAACUGUAUGAAAUCUUCAAUGCUUUCAGCUUUAAUUAUGUUCUGAAUCAAAUCAUGGAUUACAGCAAUGUUCUGUUGUAACUUUGUCUUGCUCAAAAGAGGUCAAUUUGAGUUCUAAUUUGUUCAUAUGUGUUAAAGAAUGUGUUUUCUUGUGAAUGUGUGUUGGUUUAUGGUCUUCUAAUUUGUUCUAAGUGAAUGUGUGAUAUGGAUGGUUCAUGUAACUAGUGACAUGCUUAUGAUAUGCAUUUUCUUGUUGUUAUUAAUUCUCUUAUGGGUGAAUUACUACAAUUUCUAUGGAGGAAAUUAUAGGAGGUUAGACUUGCUUUUAUUAUGUGCUGCUGAACUAUAGCUGAAUUCUUCACUCACUUAUUAGUAUUUUGAGUCUUGCAAUUUUUGCAUAACUGGUUUGUUUGUUAAAGGUUUGAACUUUUGAUUACAAUUUUUUUAUUGAGCCAUAGGGAUAGGGAUUGCUUGAGUUGAGUCUGAAGUGAGGACAUGAAGUGAGGACAAGAACUUUUGUUUUUAGGUUUUAAUUUGUUAAUGAGCUAGUUCUUUUCCCGAACAAUAUUCUAUAGCUUUGCUUGUGCAAGCUAGUUCUAUUUGUUUGUUUUUCUUGAAUUUUGGUUUGUGCGUGUUUGUUACUUUGUGUUUCUUGUUUUUCCACUCCAUUUUCAAAGAAAUUGAGACUUUUUUU